UCUAGUAAUAACUGUAGUAUCAACCCUUUCAAGUCCCGUCACUGGCUCAAUCCACGCUAUAGUACUAUCACGUUAUUGACCUCGCCUACUGCCUACGGUACCUCGCAUUAUGAAGUAGCCUAGUCCUCCAACAGGCGUCCUAGCCUCGCGCUCCUGUCCAUCCUUACACAAGGGACAUUCAUAUAUCCCCCCGAAACCAUGUCCACCUCCAACCUCGACGCCCUCGUCAAAGGCACUCCCCCUCCCGAUGUCGACGUCGACCCACCCCCACCAGACCCGACCUCCCUCCUUCCGUCCGCCCCGUCGCAGAUCUUCCUGAACCUGCUGAUCCUCGAAUGCUCGCUGCGCGCGCAGUACCUCAAUCUGCUGGCGCGGCGCCGCCAGAACACCUUCACCCUGACCGUCCUGACGCUGUGGAUCGCGUACUGCUUCUGGGGCCAGUGGCUGCGGCCGCGGGAAGAUGGCACGGGGGUCGGCGGGUCGGUGUACUGGGUGGUGGACACGGCGGAAAAGGUCGCGCUCAUCGGCGGCAUCGUCAUGGCGCUGCUGUUCUGGGUCACGGGGCAGUGGGAGCGCGGCGUGCGGUGGCCACGCCGGUGGCUCGCCAUCACCAACCGUGGGCUGCGCGGCUUCAACUGCAAGCUGGUGAUCCUGCGGGGUCCGUGGUGGCGGGAAUCGCUCUCGCACUUCGCCUUCCUCCUCCCCUACUACUUCUUCUACCCCUCCCCCGGCUCGGACUACCAGCGCGUCGAAUACGUCCCGGGCGACAAGAAGGCCGCCGCGCACCUGCACGCGCGACACCGCAGCACCGCGGGAGUCGAGGUGGCUGAGGAAGACAUCUCGCAGGGCGGCGACUACGUGAAGCUGCUGCUCCUCCCGAAGCCGUUCACGCCGGAGUUCCGCGAGCACUGGGAGCAGUUCCGCGAGGAGUACUGGGAGAAGGAGAACGAGCGACGGGCGGAAUUGCGGCGGCGCGUGCGCGCGCGGCAGCGGGAGGUGGCGCGGCAGGAGGGCGGGUGGUUCUGGUGG